CCUCCCUGCAGCUCCACGUUGAGACGUCAGAGAACCGGGGAGAGCCGUGUGACCGUCGCCUGUGGUGUCCCAGUCACCUCCAUGAAUCCUGACGACAAGGGCACCUGGAGGACUCCUCACUGACCAGGCGGUAGAUUGAACUGCAUGUUGCCUUGUCGGAUAUACUUCUGCAGACACUGAUUCACAGAUUCCUCAGCAUGCCUGUCACAGACCAAGCAUUUGUGACCCUUUGUACAAAUGACAUAUACUCUCAAGGUGCCUUAGUUUUGGGGAAAUCAUUAAGGAACCAUGAAACAUCCCGCAAGCUGGUGGUGAUGAUCACAUCCCAAGUCUCUGGUCGUAUGAGGGCAAUUCUUGGUAAAGUUUUUGAUGAAGUUUUGGAGGUGGACAUUCUAGACAGUGCAGAUUUGGUGCGGUUGUCCUUACUUAAGCGUCCAGAGCUUGGAGUGACCUUCACCAAAAUUCAGUGCUGGACCCUCACACAAUAUACUAAGUGUGUGUACAUGGAUGCUGACACAAUUGCUCUUCGUAACAUUGAUGAAUUAUUCGAUCGGGAAGAAUUUUCAGCCUCCCCGGAUUCCGGUUGGCCUGACUGUUUUAAUAGUGGAGUGUUUGUCUUUAGACCGUCUCUUGACACUUUUAGAUGCCUUCUACAGUAUGCAGAAAACCAUGGCAGCUUUGAUGGGGGUGACCAGGGACUGCUCAACAGUUUCUUUGGUAACUGGGCGACAUCAGACAUCAGCAAACAUUUGCCUUUCAUUUAUAACUUGAGCAUCAGUUCUGUUUACACCUACAUACCUGCAUUCAAACAGUUUGGGUCAGAGGCAAAGGUUGUUCAUUUUAUAGGUACGCCAAAGCCCUGGAAUUGUAAAUAUAACCCACAAACCAAAUGCAUUGUAGAGGAGGAAUCACUGAACGGGCAGCAGCACCUUUCAUUCCUCAUCCUCUGGUGGGAGAUUUACAUCUCUGACGUUUUACCUUUAUUAAUGGGACAAGAGGAGCUGGAUGGCACAGAUAAGCAUCAAUUUGGAAGAAUUGAAGUUCAAGUGAAAAAUGAUAAUUUAUCCUCCGACUGCUUCGAGGAAGUUCAUUCAGACGAUCCUGGGAGCCCUCAACCCAGUAGUAGUACUGAGCAGCCUGCACUUGAUGAGAGUCUUCAAGGUCAAGACCUACUCCCCUCCCAACUCAGCCCUGAGCCUGUAACUCAAGACUCCUUCCUUAUGCCUCACCUCUCCAAGUCUGUUUCGGAAUUAUCCAUCCAAGAAGCUGAAGAAGCUCUGAGAACGCAGGAAGAACGCAGGAAGUGGGAAGAAGGGCACAUUGACUACAUGGGAAAGUAUUCUUUCGACAAUAUCCAGAAGAAGCUAGAUCGGUUUUUACAGUGAUGUCUCUUCCAUUAUUUCUACCAGGUUGCUGUGUAUGAUAACUUUUUUUUCAUUAUUUAUUGUGCAGUGGAAGAAUUAUGUUUUUGAUUUAUUUACUUUACUUACAUUUUUGAAAAUAAAUUGGCAAUUUUAAAAAUUUUAUUUUUUUGGUCGAGCUUCCAUUAUUAAUAUUAUAUAAACUGCAAUUGUACUCAAGUGUACAAAUUUUUGAGGAUAUAGAGUUCCUUC